AUGGAACAAAGUAACAUGUCUCUUGAAUCAGAACAAGGCAAAGGUUCAAGUCAUAGUUUAUUCAAAGAGGGCAUUCAAAACAUAGACGACGACAGAUAUGUUCGAAAUGAAACUGCGGUAGUCGUCACUGUGUCACUGACAGUCGAACGCAUUGAACAACUGGAUGAACGUAAACAGGAAGUCAACAUUGAUGUGAUCAUAAAUGAGCACUGGAUCGAUGAAAAUAUGAAGAAAAAACAACAGAUACCUGGAACACUUUUGGUUGAUCCAUCAUCUGAUCUAAUUUGGAAACCAAAUACAAUAAUAGCUGGUGCUGUACUACAAAAAAGCAGCAGACACGAACGAUUAGGUGAAAGUAUGACAGUCAAUGCUGAUGGAUCUGUUUGGUAUGUACAUCGUCACAGAUUGUCGGUAUUUUGUCCGAUGAAUUUUGAGAGACUACCGUUUGAUACACAGAAGUGCAAACUUUAUCUGGCUGCUGAACGUUUCCCAAAAAUUGUUGAAUAUCAUUGGGAAAGUGUUUCACCUCAAUAUGUCAAAAUUGACAAUACAUUACCGUUGUUUCACAUCGAGAAGAUUAGCUUUGGUUCUGAUGCUGCUGCCGAUAAUGAUCAGCUAACAUCGCCGCUUUAUUUCACUCUUUUGAUGAAACGUGAACUUGGUUUUUACUUUAUACACAUAUUUACACCACUCGUUCUUUUGGUUAAUCUCUCCUGGAUUACGUUUUCGUUGCAUCCAUCGAAAGAAGUUACCCGAAUUCUGUUUAUGACAUUGAUUAUGUCUUCGGUUAUCAACUUUUCUUUACCACCAACAACAUAUCGUAAAGCUGUUGACACUUGGACAGGAAGUAACUUACUUAUGAUUGUUUAUUACUAA